AUGGAGGCGGCCGCUUCGCCGUCGGCGCCUCCAGCGGCCAGCCUCACGACGCGCUUUCGACAGCAGCAGCUGGCCCAGAGAGAGCGGGAACGAGGGCGAGACCAGUCGGCCCGAGACGCGGCCUCGCACCCCGAGAGGUCUCAGCGCGACUUGAGGCUACGCCGAUCGCCCCUAAAGCUCGCAAAGGACGGCGAUAGAACGCCCCUGGCACGCUGGGCAUCGGGUGCUGGCGUGGCGAAGGCAAAGUUGCGGGCUCUGCCCGGCGCGCUGCCCAGGUCGCUGCUCCCCGUGUCGGAACGCAAGCCUAACGACGACAACCCGGCACUUCGCCGGACAAACAAAACUAGCCAGGACGAUGACAAGUGGGAUUUGACUCCCGACGGAGGCUCCGCCGGACGCGAAGGAAGGCAAUUUGCCGUGGCCAAUGUUGGGAAUAACGGUCGCAUCUAUCUGAGGCCGACCGUUCGCCCGGCGCACCAGCGCUACCCUCAGCCACACUUUGUGUUUCCCAUGACACCGCCCGGCUCCGCAAAUCUGGAUAUCCUGGUCUCGGACAGACGCCAAGAGAUAGACGAGAGCACAGAGCCUCGCGGCAGCCAGGGGACUCCUGCGCAUGCCCCUUCAACUCCGUCGUCGCCUCGACGUUUCCACUUUGGCGACAGACCGACUACGAGCAGAAUACGACGCCGCCGCGCCUUGUCGGACUCGACCGUGCCCGACACCAGCGUAGCUCGCGAGUCGGAACCAGGGGGCUUCAAGAUAGUCAUUACUCAGCCUGGCGAGGUCCAGAGGCCUAAAACGCUCGAAGACGUUGACAUUGGCCGCGUCCCGUUGAUGCUGGAAGUGGCCAUUCCGUCCUGGAGGAUAGGCACGCCUAGAUUCAGCGUCCGAGGGACCCCCUUCAUCCGUGGCUCGUCGUAUGCGCCGACCGAGGAUAUCCGCUCCAGCAGCGCCUCGUUCCUCCGUCGCACCGCCCAGGACCUGACGCCAAAAACGUCGACCGGGUCAAGCCCGACUCGUAUACCCGAGAUACAACUCCCAACUACGGCUGAGACCUCAAACCCCCCGGGGCCCAGUCUGGCGUCUCCCCGUCUCCCUCCCCCGCUACGACCUACGUAUAUGUCCACCCACCUAGUUAUCGAGCCUGCCAUGUUUGACGCGCUGACCUUCAAGCCUGCUUGCGAUGACCGGAUCAUUGUCAGAUAUUCGGCCGUGGGAAGUGUAACUGCCGCGACGCCGCCUCGCUUGGUCGCCGAGAUUACGUCUCCUAGUUUCUUGGACUACGAACUGUUGUCGGAUUUUUUUCUCACGUUCAGGUCGUUCCUCGAGCAGUCAGAUCUGCUUCGCAUGCUGUUUGCGCGCCUUAGAUGGGCUCUAGCACGGAGUGACGAGGUUGGCAUGGUUGUAAGAGUCCGCACCUUUGUCGCCUUGCGCCACUGGAUCCUCAACUAUUUCAUGGACGAUUUCGUUGUUGACUACAGCCUGCGAGUCACCUUUUGUAGUCUGCUGAACAACUUCGUCGACGAGCUAUCACAGGACUUGAGAGGGCGGAAGGUGCAGCUGAAGAUUCUAGCCGAGCUCAAGAAGUGCUGGCGGAGGGUAUGCGCGCAGUACUGGGAUGGUCCCGAGUUUGACGCAUCACUAGGAUCCGAUAUUCCCAUCUCACCCGGAGGGGUUGCUGGCCAUCGCGACCCCGACCUAGACCCGACCUUUUGGCUGAAGCUUGAUUCUGGGCCGCCGCAGCUGGAAGGGGUUCUCCUACCGACGACACGUGAGCAGACGAGCUUUUACGCCGACGUGUCAAGGGCCGGACACAUCGAUUCUAUUGUCGUUGGUGACCGCCCAGGCACGCCGGAAAACCCCCCGCGGUCCGAGUUACAGAGGAGCCAAACCUCACCUAUCAGCAUCACUAGCGUGGAAGCGGUGUCUUGCUCUCUACCCCCUAAGAACAUGCGCUUCGCGCAUCCCGGGUCUAGCUAUCCGUUGGCGGCGCACCCGGUCGACCCCAGCUCUGUGUAUUACAAUUCUGAUCCCAUCGCCACCACCCCCCGCGCUCUCGUCGGCAAGCGUGUCCGGCCACACCACUCCCACAAGAGAAAUGGCAGCCUCAGCGAUUCGCUACGCGAGCAUGCGACCGUAACGGAGAAGGUCUUGUACAAGAGUGCCGAGCUUCUCUUGACUCUACCAUAUGCGGGCAGCCUCGUCCGCGGCAACAUGUUUCCGCCUGGUCAGCCCUUUGUGGAAGUUAUCCAGCCUAGUGUUGUUGGUGGAGCUUCCAGGCAGACUACAUUGUUCCAGCCUAUUGUGACUGAGCUUCCGAAAGAGAAAUUUACGGCAUCGGCCAUGUCCGGACAAGGCAUGAGAAGACUUCUGGGCAGCGUAAGGCGUGCUUUGAGUACCCGGGGCCAGGUUAUGUCUCCCACUCAGGGGACAUUUAUCAACAUUUCACCAAUUGGGCCAAGAGGGGCUACCACCAACAGACUGCCGGGUACUGCGAUAGUGCCGCAGGCGCGGCCCCGCCAGAACGGCAUACGUCCUCCUGUGCGGAUCGACGUGCUGGGUGCCGAGAUUGCCGAAGACUUCAAAAAGGCUGUGCGAGAAGACGCCUUGGCAGAAGCUGAGAAGAACGGAUAUCUAUCCAUCCCGGCGGCUGGCACACGAGCCCCAGACGAAAUGCUGGAAUAUUCGGCCGCGCACAUGGAUACCUCCUUCGGACUCUCCGAUAACCGCGACGUGCGACCUUCGAGCGAUAUGGGUAUCACAACGGGAAGCAAGUCCAUCGUCAUCGUUGAUGACACGGUACUUUCGGAUAGUUAUCCCGCCAUGACGGGCGCGCUUCCCGCCAUCAACUCUUCCGUGGAAGCUUUCUCCGAGUCCUUCCUACAUCAUGCCGCAGACCCAACACCACCCAACACACCGCCAGGUCGACUUGUGGGGGGAACACCAAGGAGAUCGUCGUAUAUACUGAGCCAGCAUGUACCCCGCCCUUCGCUAUCCGCUGAUCCGCUGCCACCGUUUGUACCCGAUUUGGCCACGCUCGGGUCCACGGCUCGGCCAUCCGUAGAUUCUACGCGGCCCUCUUUCGACUUCGUUUCGCGGAACCCGAUGAGGCCGCCCCUUAGCGGAGUGCGUGGCCACGCCCGGCACCCGUCGAGCAGGUCGUACCGCUCGAACCGGUCUGCUGGUCACCGACGAUACGCGUCCUUUACGAGCGGCAUUGCUCCCCAGCCAACCAUCCGGAGCUUCGACGCCACUACAUAUUCAGAGGGCUCGGUGGACGACUCGUCCCAAAUUCUCGUCCCGCAGCCGCUCCGAGUUCUUCGGAGAAGGCCGGGUGGCGACCUUCGUGCUGUCUCAAAUGUAGGCGAUCUCGACCCGUCCACCCUAAGAAGGUCGCGCUCGGUGGGCUCCUUGACCACGUACACGGAUUCGAUCCGCAGCUCUUACCUCCGCAGUCCUGCGCAGGGCUCUAGUAGCUAUGUAGACGUUGUGACCAGCGACUACUCGCCUCCGAACCGUGGCGACACCUUCUCCCUAGGCGCGAUUGCGGAGCAGAAUCCCAAGCGCAAUCUCUCGCUCUUCAGCACCCACUCUUCGAAGCCCAUUAUGCGCCCCUCGUUUGAGGCUGAGGCACAGAAGCUGGCACAAAUCCCCGAUGAUGUGUAUGACGAUGGCGGAGUCGAGUCUGCACUGCUGAAGCUUGAAGGCAGGUACGAGAGGAGGGCAGCCAAGCUAUCAAUGGAUUUGAAGAUGGCGCCGCCACAAGUCGAGCUCCCCCUCGAGGCUGUCUCGAUAGACGGGUACGACACAUUGGUCAGCGUUGAGGAGAGAAGAGAGCAUCGUCAUGUUCACGUUGUAGAAGAGCUGCCGCCUGUGCCGGUGAUCCCUGGCAUUGCCACGAGUGUCAAGGGGAGUUUACUGGACGUUACGAGUCGCCAUAAGGGAAACACAGACGUGCAGUCCUUCCUAUCUGAUGAUUCGAGAGCCUCGUACUCCUCAAUACCUCUCCUCGAACGUGGCUUGACAGACGACGGCCACAGCAAGCGAACCGUCACUCGGGAGUGGGUAGAUCGCUCGUUCUUACAGGGGCCCGAUGAGGAGGGCCCAAAUGCAUCCCGCGAACACAGCGCCAGCGGCUCGCAGCACCCUUCGUACGACUUUAUUCAGAGGACGGAGAGUCUGGACAAGAUUCCGCCUGGAAGUACUGUGCCGACAGCUCCAGCCCCGCGUCUCAGCGCCGAGCAUUCGUUCCUGGAUGUAGAAAGCGAUGACGGAACAGACCUCUCUUCGGAGCUCUCCGUAGAAGCGCUCGGUUUUGCGGAUAGAGGAGAUGGCAGUCCCGUGUCCCAAAAGAUCGGAAUUGCCAUUUCCACCUUGCCUACUCAUCCUCUAGGCGAGAACCAGCUCACGUUCCUCAACACGCAGCCACCUAGUACGAAUCCGCCAUCACCGCCAUCACCGCCAAUCACCCUUGUUCAAGCUCUCAGCAUGUCUCCAGAGGCGGCGCAUGUGCCCACAUUGCAAGACCAUCAGAUCUGGCACGAGAAGCCUCUGCCGCCUACUCCCGAUACCACGCCGACCUCGGCUGCCGCUCCAUACAGGCAAUACCCUGUCUCGUCGCCUGUAGAUCCGACAGGAACCAAGGAGGCCCUACGUAAUGCGCCGAUGCUUGAAGUCACGGACCAUGUUACAGACGUGGUCGAGGCACCUCGGGGCAAGCUCUCGGCGCACCUUCCGUUCAUUCUCGCUUUCGACAGUGACAUCUUGGCGCAGCAGUUCACUCUGAUCGAGAAGGAUGCUUUGAAUGAGAUUGACUGGAAAGAGCUGAUCGACAUGCGGUGGAAAAAUGCGGAGCAGAAUGGAGUGAACGCUCGCAGCUGGGUCUCGUUCCUCAGAGACACCGAUGCGCGCGGGGUCGAGGUCGUGAUUGCUCGCUUCAACAUCAUGGUAAAAUGGACUAUUUCCGAAAUUGUCCUCACCCAAGACAUUGAAGAACGUGCACGGUGCAUCAUCAAGUUCAUCCACAUUGCGGCCCACUGCCGGCGCCACCGUAAUUUUGCUACCAUGAGCCAACUGGCCAUUGCCCUGACGAGCAACGAGAUCAGCCGGCUGAACAAGACGUGGGCCAUGGUCUCGCCCAGCGACAGGCGGACAUUGCAUGACUUGGAGGCGUUGGUCUCCCCGACUAGGAAUUUCUACAAUCUGCGAGCCGAGAUGGAGGGAGGCGGCCCGGUCGGCUCGGCUGUUGCAGAAAUGGGGUGCAUUCCAUUUGUAGGCAUCUACACACACGACCUACUGUUCAAUACCCAACGACCGAGCGAGAUCGCGAGCUCGCCGACCACGGCGCCGUUGGUCAACUUCGAGCGGUGCAGAACCUCGGCCGCGAUAGUCAAGACACUACUAAGGCUACUCGAGGCGAGCACGCUCUACACCUUCCAGCCCAUCGAGGGCAUUACUGAGCGCUGCCUGUGGAUGGGCGCGCUCAGCGACGAGGAGAUUAGACGGCUCAGCGAUACCCUGGAGUGA